CAUGGGCCCUUGGAAUUGCCCUACCUUCCCCGCCUUUGGGGCCCCUGAAGGCAGCUGAUUCACUGGGUCCAGAGUCAACAAUGGUGACUGCCCAAAGAGGGCGCAAACUUAGGCAAAGGUUAAUUUACUUAUGCUGCCUUGCAAGGACACGCCCUCUACCAUUCUCUUCUGCUGUUGCCUGUUGAGACUCUUCCUGCAGCCGACAGCACCCUCUAACAAAUUGUGGUGAUGAGCUAUCCAGGUUACCCUCCCCAGUCAGGUGGAUACCCACCACAAGCAGGCGGCUACCCACCUCAGUCGGGUGGCUACCCGCCCCAAGCUGGGGGCUACCCGCCCCAAGCCGGGGGUUACCCACCCCAAGCAGGAGGCUACCCUCCUGCAGCCGGGGGAUACCCACCCCAAGCAGGAGGCUACCCCUCGCAGGCAGGUGGCUACCCCCCACAAGCUGGGGGUUACCCUCCCGCAGCAGGGGGCUACCCUCCUCAGGCGGGCGGCGGUUACCUUCCUUCCACUGGAGGCUUCCCACCUCAGGCUGGGGGAUACCAACCACAGCCUGGAGCAGGAGGAUAUCCAUCCAUGCCUCAAGGAGGUGGUGGCUGGGGGGCAGCACCAGGGGGCUUUGGUGCGCCAGGAGGGGCUCCGCAGGGAUACCCAGGGGGGGCCGCACCAGGCCAGCAACCCAUGCCCAACUACCCCAGUGGAGGCCCUGCCACCAACCCCCCGAUGCCUGGGUAUGGAAGUGGGGUUCCAUCCAACCCUCAGGCUCCUGCCAUACCUAAAGGCUACAGGGGUUCUAUAAAGGACUUCCCUGGGGCUGACCCUCUGAGGGACGUGGAGGUUCUUCGAAAAGCCAUGAAAGGUUUCGGUACCGAUGAAAACGCCAUUAUUGAGCUUUUGGGCAGCCGUACUAACAAGCAGAGGGUUCCCAUGGUAGCGGCCUACAAGACAACUUAUGGGAAGGAUUUAGUCCACGAUCUGAAGUCUGAGCUGACUGGAAACUUUGAGAAGCUGGCUCUUGCGAUGUUGAUGAGCCCUACGCGCUUUGAUGCGUCUGAGCUCAGAGAAGCUAUAAAGGGUGCAGGAACAGAUGAGGCUUGUCUCAUCGAGAUCCUCUCAUCUCGUUCCAAUGCAGAAAUUCGUGAAAUUGCUUCUAUUUACAAAUCUGAGUACGGGAAAAGCCUGGAAGAUGCCAUCAGCAGUGAUACUUCUGGUCACUUUCGCAGGCUACUGGUUUCCCUCUGCCAGGGCAAUCGCGAUGAAAGGGAAACCGUUGACAUAUCCCUCGCCAAACAGGACGCUCAGAAACUGUAUGCCGCCGGAGAGAACAAAGUGGGCACAGAUGAGUCUCAGUUCAAUGCCAUCCUGUGCGCUCGCAGCAAGCCUCACCUGCGUGCAGUGUUCCAGGAGUACCAGCAGAUGUGCGGUAGGGACAUCGAAAAGAGCAUCUGCAGGGAAAUGUCUGGAAACGUGGAGUCUGGCAUGGUGGCUGUGGUGAAAUGCAUCAAGAACACCCCUGCCUACUUUGCAGAGCGCCUCCACAAGGCCAUGCAGGGUGCCGGGACCAAGGACAGAACCCUAAUCCGCAUCAUGGUGUCCCGCUCUGAGAUAGACAUGCUGGACAUCAGGCAAGCCUAUCUGAAGACCUACGGGAAGUCGCUGUACACUCACAUCUCUGGCGACACGUCCGGGGACUACAAGAAGCUGCUGUUGAAGCUUUGCGGCGGUAACGACUAAAAUGGACAAGAUAGGUGUCUACUCAAUGUAUGUCUAGACAGAUAUCACCUCUGGGGCAUGUAGACUAUCUACAAUAAGUGUGUUUUAUUCACGCUCACUUGUUGUCUAUUCAUGCUUCACAUUCAUUUAUUCAUCAUUGUUUUUGCUUCUUUGUUGUAGCCAAUGCUUGCCAAAUAGCCUAUACUCCACACAUAGAAUUUUGACACGAUUACCAAAAAAGAAGAAAGUGUGUGCCUGAAAUUUUAUGCAAAACGAAAUACUUUACCACUGUGUAAUCAAUGAAUGUCUAACACUGUGUCCCACCCAUAUUUACGGUAACUAUUUAUGCAUAAAUAGUAAAAAAAAAUCAAUAGUAUUUUAGACAUAAAAUCUUAGCUUUACUUAUAUGAUGAUAAAUGAUUUAAUUUUAUUCUUUAGACCAGGGGUGUCCAAACUUUUUCCACCGAGGAGCGCAUACUAAAAAAUCAAAAGAUGGACGUGCUACUUUGAUAUUUUACAUUUUAUACACCAAAGCAUAUACAUAUGCUAAGAAGUUUAAAGAAAAAACAGCCUGUAUAUUAUUAGUAUGAACUUUUUCUCCUUUUUAAAAAAUUUUGUUUUGCUUGUUUUUCCAUUUCGGUUGUUUAUUGUUUGUCCCCCAGGCUGCACUUUGGACACCCCUGCUUUAGAAAACCCAACCCAUGGCUUAAAAAGGUUUAAAACAAAUCACUGAUUUGAUAAAGUAAACAAACAAAAUGCACAUCGGCAUGGUCUCAUGGCCGUGCAGCAAGUGCAAACCUGAAAAAGUAUACCAGAGAACAGCUUACAUGUCAAUUAAAAUGAUACCCUAUGCAUGCACUUGUAAUACAAGUGCAAACCUGAAUAGACAUCAGAGAACAGUUCACGUCUUACUUAACCAAAAUUGUAGCCUAUAAAAGUACUUGUAAUACAUAUCGGCAUGGUCUCAUGGGCCGUGCAGUAAGUGCAAACCUGAAUACACGUACAGUAUCAGAACAGCUCAGACCUUACUUGGAUCAAAAUUACACUUCAUAAAAGUGCCUUUGUGGUUUUCGUACUACUUUAGGAGAGUUAAAUUUGAGCUUGUCUUGCCUUGCUAGGCCGCACAGCUAAAGCAUUAGCAUCUAUGGGCAUCAUUUGUACAAGUAAAGACAUCCUUCAAAUAAACGCCUUGCACCCUCUGCCACUAUUUGAGGUAAUACAGGUAUUUCACUCUUACCGUACAUAGUGCGUAUUUUGUUGUACUUUUUUAAUGAUGUACUUUCAAACCAGUUAAUCUUCCAUUCCGAACAAUUGCCUUUAUUUCAGCCCCCAAAAGGUCCGUCGCCACUGUCAACUGACACCAAAAGAAGUGUUUAAUAUAUAUGAAAUCGAAGAAUUAUGUUGCACUCAUGCCAUUAUUUGUUACUGUACAUUUCAGCAUUUUUUGUGGUUCGAACAAUCUAUAAUGUUAAUGCCUGUUUACUAACCUCAAAUAUACUCAUGCCUGCUACUCUAUGCAAACUAAUCACUGUUUAUAACUAUAGCCUCCAUUCCAUCCUAAUAGAAAACCAAUCCAGUGUAGGUGAAUAUACGUAUGCUCAGCUCAGCUUAAAAGUAAAUUAGUGGAAUAUCUAAUAAUAUAUGUCAUUAAUAAAGAUUCAAUUUUAUUUUUACAAUAUGCAGAGGGCCAAUAACAGCAUUUUGGACACCCCUUUUCAAGUCAAUGUGGCCUUAUCUGAUUUAUGCCUGUGUAUGCCACUAGAGGGCCCUGUGCUCUUAGUUCUCAGCUUUAUAAAUUGAAUGUUGAACGUUUUUAUGUACAAUAUUUCCAAUUCAUUUCAUCAUGUAAACAAACUAUUGUCAUUUCAAUUAAAAGAAAAACACACAUUA